CUGAUAUGCCAAUAGACACAGUAAAAAUCCGUUACCUAAUUCAAAGUGAAAUUAUGAAUAACAAAAUUGAGGAGGCCAUAGAACAUAUCAAUAAUUUAGACAAGGGGAUUUUAAAAAAGCAUAAGGACCUCGUUUUUUUCCUCAAGAAGCAGCAACUAUUAAAAUUAAUUUUGAACAAUAACAUCAAUGAGGCGAUAUUAUAUUCGCAGCAGGAGCUGGCCCCAUAUGUGAACGAAAAGCCAUCCCUCAUUAGCGAGAUCGAUGACGUCAUGAUGCUCAUGGCAUACCAGGACUUUAACAGCGAGGAGGCCAAAAAGUUAAUCCAAAAAAUAGAGAAGAAGAAGAACACCCUGAAAAGGAUCGACGACAUCAUCUUAAGUUACUACAACGUUGACAGUGAAAGCACACUAGAAUAUAUCGUGAAAAACAUUUUCUUCACGCAGAAUGUGUUGAGUUCGAAGUACCCCUGCAGCAUCCCCAAACUGAAGAACCUGAAGACUGGCUACAUCGAGUAUUACGAAAAGCAGAAAAAGAGAAAGAAUAAAAAGUCCAGCAGAAAAAGUAGACACAAGAGCAAGUCCAAGGAGAAGAUUUUCGACGACAAAACUGGGGAAGACACGGCGAAGGAUUUCGACGUGACGAACGAGGAUGACUAUCGUUCCGUUUAG